UGGGUAGAAAAAGUGGUGGAGGUAGGAGAGGAGCAAAGAAACGAAACAGAAGAGAUAUCAUAGGUGGAAGAAAAAGAGAAACUGGUCUCCUUAAACUCUCAAUCUCUUCCCAACAGUUUGGAGAAUGGAUGAGCAUGGCUAUUGCUGCUGAAUUGAUCAUCAUCGUACAUCAACCAGAGGAUGUCACAAGCUGAUGUCUCUUACUGUUGUGGCUCUUGUGGAUAUCCUCUGAACUUGACAUCCUCAAAUCGAAUCACAUCUAACAUUGCAUCUGAAUAUAAGAGAUCUGUUAAAAAGGGAUCAAUCUCUUUUGCUUCAGUUGAUCUCAGCCGAUUUACACAGGUUGAUGAAAUAAGUUGUUUCCCUGUCUCAUGGUUUAAUUCUUCAAAGACUAAACUGCUUUGCCGCAAAUGUGGGGUUCAUAUUGGUUAUGGUUACUGUAGAGAAUCACCUGCUCUUUGUGGACUUGAGCCUUCCGUUUCAUCUAGCUCUCAGGGAAAAUUCAUCAUAAAGAUUCGAUCUCUACAGCCUUCAGAAGAGUCUUGA